AUGGAUUUCCACCACAGAAGAAUUAAAGACACUUUCUUCGUUGAUUUUUGGUAUAAAGCAGGGAUCGUUUUGGGAUUGUUUCCAUGGACAUCACAAAAAGGGUUCAUGAAGCACCAAAUAGUCGCGCUGACAUUUUUAUUUUUCGCUUUUUCAAUCCUCAGCGUUUAUAUCAUAAUCGACUAUGAAAACUAUGGGGAAGAAAUGGGAAUUUUGAUAUUUACGUCGCUUGAUAAUGCUACACACGGAUUAUUUAAUUUGAUAAUUCUUUACGACCUCGUAAUGGAAAGGAAACGUUGGAGGACUAUCAAAGAAUUAUUUCACAAUUUGGACAAAAACCUCAACUAUACUAACUAUGUAUCAGAAAUUAAUAUAAUAUUUUAUAUCAUCGGGAGCAUUCUACAUUUACUCUUCAACAUAUAUGCGAAUUUGCAUUUUUUUAAGGAUUAUUCUUUGGUACGUAUCCUAUCAGGAGUUAUCUGGAACUUAUACCAAAUGCAAAAAUUCGUAACUAUUGGUUAUCUAAUCGACGUAUCUUUGCUGUUGAAACGAAGAAUCGAGAAAUGUUGCAGAACUUUAGAGAAUUUGGUCAAAAAUCCUUACCAGCUGAAAAGAGAAGUGGCAGGUAAAUUAAUGACAGUGAAGAAUUAUAAAUACUACGUGCUCAUCGUUUGGAAUUUGAACUCCCUAUUUGGAAGGAAAUUGUUACUCUUUCUUGUAAUGGCUUUCAUAACUAUUUUGGACGAAGUCCAGUUCAUAUUGGAUGCAAGCGAUAAGAACGAUAUUCAGAUGACUAAUAUAUUGGAAAACUUGACAGAGUUUAUUUUAAUAGUGGUUUUGACCAUAAUUAUAGCAAUAGCAGGUGACAUCAUCGAAAGCUCCGGCUACAAAAUGAUCAAAUUACUGAACAUACUCCAGCUGAGUAUCGAAGAUGAUUUUCUGAAACAGGAACUCAGCGAAUUCGCCUCUUUGGUUACGGAACUCCGACCUUCUUUAUCCGUAGCAGGAUUUUUCGACGUCAACAGGAAACUAUUGCCCAUGCUACUAUCCAGUUUCAGCGCUUAUAUCAUCAUAUUGAUCCAGUUGAAGCAGUAA